AGACCCAACAGACCCAUCCACACCCAGCCUGUACCCCACACCCAGCCUGUACCCCACACCCAGCCUGUACCCCUACACCCAGCCUGUACCCCCACACCCAGCCUGUACCCCACACCCAGCCUGUACCCUACACCCAGCCUGUACCCUACACCCAGCCUGUACCCCACACCCAGCCUGUACCCUACACCCAGCCUGUACCCCACACCCAGCCUGUACCCUACACCCAGCCUGUACCCCACACCCAGCCUGUACCCUACACCCAGCCUGUACCCUACACCCAGCCUGUACCCCACACCCAGCCUGUACCCUACACCCAGCCUGUACCCUACACCCAGCCUGUACCCCACACCCAGCCUGUACCCUACACCCAGCCUGUACCCUACACCCAGCCUGUACCCCACACCCAGCCUGUACCCUACACCCAGCCUGUACCCCACACCCAGCCUGUACCCUACACCCAGCCUGUACCCCACACCCAGCCUGUACCCUACACCCAGCCUGUACCCCACACCCAGCCUGUACCCUACACCCAGCCUGUACCCCACACCCAGCCUGUACCCUACACCCAGCCUGUACCCUACACCCAGCCUGUACCCCACACCCAGCCUGUACCCUACACCCAGCCUGUACUCUACACCCAGCCUGUACUCUACACCCAGCCUGUACCCCUACACCCAGCCUGUACUCUACACUCAGCCUGUACCCUACACCCAGCCUGUACUCCACACCCAGCCUGUACCCUACACCCAGCCUGUACCCUACACCCAGCCUGUACUCCACACCCAGCCUGUACCCUACACCCAGCCUGUACCCUACACCCAGCCUGUACUCCACACCCAGCCUGUACCCCACACCCAGCCUGUACCCUACACCCAGCCUGUACUCCACACCCAGCCUGUACCCUACACCCAGCCUGUACCCCCACACCCAGCCUGUACCCCACACCCAGCCUGUACCCUACACCCAGCCUGUACUCCACACCCAGCCUGUACCCCUACACCCAGCCUGUACUCCACACCCAGCCUGUACCCUACACCCAGCCUGUACCCUACACCCAGCCUGUACUCCACACCCAGCCUGUACCCUACACCCAGCCUGUACCCUACACCCAGCCUGUACUCCACACCCAGCCUGUACCCCACACCCAGCCUGUACCCUACACCCAGCCUGUACUCCACACCCAGCCUGUACCCCUACACCCAGCCUGUACCCCACACCCAGCCUGUACCCCACACCCAGCCUGUACCCUACACCCAGCCUGUACUCCACACCCAGCCUGUACCCUACACCCAGCCUGUACCCCACACCCAGCCUGUACUCUACACCCAGCCUGUACCCCACACCCAGCCUGUACUCCACACCCAGCCUGUACCCCACACCCAGCCUGUACCCUACACCCAGCCUGUACCCUACACCCACCUGUACUCCACACUCAGCCUGUACCCUACACCCAGCCUGUACCCCACACCCAGCCUGUACUCCACACCCAGCCUGUACCCUACACCCAGCCUGUACCCUACACCCAGCCUGUACCCCACACCCAGCCUGUACCCUACACCCAGCCUGUACUCCACACCCAGCCUGUACCCCACACUCAGCCUGUACCCCACACUCAGCCUGUACCCCACACCCAGCCUGUACCCCACACCCAGCCUGUACUCCACACCCAGCCUGUACCCCACACUCAGCCUGUACCCCACACCCAGCCUGUACCCCCACACCCAGCCAGUACCCUACACCCAGCCUGUACCCCACACCCAGCCUGUACCCCACACCCAGCCUGUACCCCACACCCAGCCUGUACCCCUACACCCAGCCUGUACCCCUACACCCAGCCUGUACCCCACACCCAGCCUAUGUAAAGACCGAGAGAAGAAGAAGAAGAAGAAGAAGAAGACGAAGACGGUACCUGUAGAGUCUCAGAGCAGCUUCCUGUCCAUUAAAGUCCAAAAACAAACUCAACUCCUCAGCCAAUCAGGAUCCACCUCUGGUCCCGUUCACAGGGGCAGAACCGGUCCUGAUGCUGCUCCUGGGUUCUCUUCUUCUCAUUAG